GAGAUGCGAGCCAAGACGCGGCCACGGUGCGGCGGCGGCAGCCACAGCAGCCACGCACCGCUGCCAAUACCCGCCAAGUGUGACGGGGACGUCGCUACGGGGGCCUGUGCCAGGCUAGGUGCACUUUGAGUCGCUGCUGACAGGAGGCCUCGGGACAGACCCAGCAGGGUUCCACAAGAAGCACAGAUGGCGCCAAACUCAGAGAGGCUGCAGUGCAGCGCUGUGAGCGAGGUCGUGCUCAGCAGGGAGCACUGAGGAGCAACAGGCUCCCAUCCUGCCUGCCCCCCACCCUGCCUGCCCCCCACAGUCCACACGAGAACAUCGGGCGUCAAGAGACUCCUGAGCAGUAGCAGCAAAGACCAGCUGUGCGAACGCUGGUGCUGCUUGCGCGUGGGUGUCGCGCUCGCAGCCCCGCGGGGGCGCAGUCGCGGCGGCGGCGGUGGCGGCGGUGGCAGCGAUGGACGCGCACGCGGAGCCCUGGCUCUUCUCGGCACUCGACGACGGCAGCGGCAGCGUGUCGUGCGAGCGCGUGCUCGAGUUCUGGCACCGCGAAGGCAUCACGGACGCCGGCGCCAUCCUGCAGGCGCUGGGGCUGGACUGCCGCGCCACCGUGUCCCUGGACGAGCUGUGCCGGCUUGUGGACGAGCAGCUGCCGUGCGCGGGGGGCUAUGCGGCCCAGGCGCUGCUCGUGGCCUGCAAGCACGAGGUGGCUCAGCUCAGGUCGUGGCUGGGGGAGCUGGGCGCCGAACGCGACUCGCUCAGGGCAUGCCUGCGCAGCGCGCGGCUCCAUGCGGAGCAGCUGGCACGCGACGCUGAUGAGCAGGUGGCCAGCGCAAACGCGCACCACCACGCAGAUCUCAGGCGGCUGGAGCAGGAGCGGGCGGAGGCGCUGGCGACGCUGCGCUCGGAGCGCGAGCGCGAGCUGGAGCGCUCCGAGCGGGAGGAGCGCACUCGGCAGGCGGAGUUGGGGCGGCUGCAUGCCGAGCGCAGGCAGCUGCGCAGCGAGGUGGAGCUGGCGUACGCGCGGUGUUCCCGGCUGGAGACGGAGCUCGCAGACGCUGCAGCGCAGUGCGCCGUUGGCCAGCGCGCGGUGUGCGACCCAGGCCUCGGGGAGCCGGAGCCAGGGGGGAGCGCCCGGCCCUCUCUUCCCAUCGUACGACCGGGGGAGGUCACGCGGCCCAGCCGGCAGUCGCUUAACAAAACCAACUACUGCAAAUCGGAGUGUAAAGCAACAGAGUCUCAAGAAAAUGGCAUUGAGGAAUGCGGCAAGAAAACCGGUCAAAGUGAUGAGCCAACCGACAAGACACCGAGCUGGCAAACCAGCGAGCACAUACUUAAUAAUAAUAAUAACAAAACAUGCCAACAAGGGAUUGAGCAAUGUGGUACAAAACCAGCAUGCCGUUCAGAACAACUGUCUAGGGAACAAUUCGGUAAGGUUUCCAGCGAGCAUUGCAAGGACGAGGUCAGAGAGAAAUGUGACAAAUUAACCAAAGUGCGUGUUUAUAAUCCAUCCAGUGGACAAGUCCGUAAGCUCGCCAGCGCACAAUCUAAUGAACAGACCAGAGACCAUAUUGAUAAACGAAGCCUUAAACACAACGUCAGAGAAACCAAAGAGCAUUAUAGACAAGUGAGAGAGCAAACGAUCAUCCAAUACAGGGAACAAACUAACAUUGAAGCCAGCAAGCCAGUUCUAGCACCCACCAAGGAACAAGCCAAUGGACAAUGCAGUGCACAGUUUACUGAGAUAGUCACUGAACUAAACGGAAAGACAACUACAGAGCCAUGUACUGAACAGCACAGAGAAAAGCUCCCUGAAUCGGUCAGCAAGGAGUCCGCACAUCUUGCACCCGACAAACAAACCGUCGAGCUGAUGAGCACACAAACCACAAAACCAGGGAGGGAAGAAUCUAUGGUGAAAACAAAAUUGGGAACAGACACGUCAGCCAGUGAAUGUUCCGCUGGGCACAAUGGCGAGCAGACCAGCAAGCAGAGAAAACAGCAGUGCAGUGAGACGUGUAAGAAAAGCGGCGAAGAACUGGGCGACAGAGCGUGUCGACAGAGAACGACGGCGCAAUCUAGUGGAGCACCUUGCGAGAAGAGAAGCGGUGGAGAAUUAAGCGUUUGGGCGAGUGAACGGUCGCAGAAGUUCGGCAGCCCAUCCGUAAAUUCAGACGCCAAAGGGAAUUGUACGGCAGCACCUCAGCGCCCCAAUCCUUGGUCGCACGCCACGGGCCUCAUGGUGGCCGCUCUGGGGGCCACGCUGGACGAAGCCGUGGCUCUGCUGCAGCGACUCGAGGCGUUCGCCCUGCAGCUGCUGAGCGCUUGCUGCCCCCAGGGCACGCUGCUGCUGCGCGUGCUCUGGAGCGGCCUGUACUCGCACGCCGAGUGGUUCGCUCCGCCUCUGAGCUGGCUCUACCAGGAGCUGGCUCGCGCCCGGCAGCUGCUCGCGACCGCACGGCGCCAGCACCGCUCCCUCUUGACCCUGGGCCUCGCCGCUCCGUGCGACGCGAGGGGCUCCCCGGAGCGUCCGCCCGCGUCUCGCCCGGCCGCGUGCGCCAUGGCGCUCCCGGGGCGGUCGUAGGCAGAGGGCGGUUCGCCAACGCCAGGGACCCGCGACGUCCGUGGAAUUUCAAACUGCGCACAAAUACGCCUUCACGCAAAACUUGAAAUGGGGACUCGUUGCAAGCGUCUUGUGUUCGUUCCGCUUCAGCAGCGUCUGCUAUUUAAAUGACAAAUUUGCGCAUUUAAUCUUCGUGAGCUAGUGCUGUAUGUCUAAUAAGUUCAGUUACUUCUGAGCGGUAAAUUAUUAAAAUAGGUCCAUAGGCUGUGUUCGUGGUGGCUAAAUGGUCACAAUGACGGUUAGGUGAGAUGUUAAAUCCUCCACAGGACAUCGCUCGCACUUCUCCAUUCUGUGUGGAGAAAGAUGACGCCGCUGCCAUUCUCGUGGUACUGUCAUUCAAUAAAAACGUUCAGAAUGUAAUCUUAAUGCAUAUGACUUAAAUAGACAUGUAAAACACAUGUCACGGAUUAUACAAAAUCGGCGUCGACUUCCUUUGUUUAAGCACUGUUGAGACUUAAGUUGAAUGUUUAAUAGGCAAACCUUAAGUCGAAUUAACAUAUCACAAGGGCUUGUUACAUUACCUGCCUAUUGCAGAAUGUUGGGUAUUUAUGCGGUUGUUACAUUUUAUGCUGUAUAAGAACAUUUCCCAGGCGUUCUACAUUAAACACUUUUAAAUGUAUUUUACAUCA